CCUUAUUAGCAUUACCCCUUCACUCUUCACUGAAAAAAACCCUAAACUUCUGAAUACAGAGAGAGCCGCAGAGUUUGCUCAGGAAGUAGCUCUCAUCCAGAGCGAAAAUGACUUUCAAGCGAAGGAACGGAGGUCGUAACAAACAUGGACGUGGCCAUGUCAAGUUCAUCCGCUGCUCUAACUGCGGCAAAUGCUGCCCUAAGGACAAAGCCAUCAAGAGGUUCCUUGUGAGGAACAUUGUUGAACAAGCUGCUGUACGUGAUGUUCAGGAAGCUUGUGCUUUUGAAUUGUACACUCUUCCUAAGCUCUAUUUGAAGAUGCAGUACUGUGUUUCAUGUGCAAUUCACUCCAAGGUGGUUAGAGUCCGUUCUCGUACUGACAGGAGGGUUCGUGAGCCUCCACAGCGUUUCAGGCGCCCAAGGGAUGAUCUCCCAAAGACAGGACAAGCUCCACGCCCCGCUGGAGGACCCCCUGCUGCUCCACGCACUUAAGUUAUUAGGAUUCAGGUUUUGGUUAAUCUGAUAGUUAUGGCGUGUUUUACAUGUGGUGGUUUUGACAUUGUACUGUUUUCAUCUAGAUAUUUGAACCUAUUACCAUGUUAUGGAAUUGAAUUUUGAAUGGAAAACAGAUAUUCAAGUUUUCUGAAUAGAAGGCUCUCAAUUUGUGCUUCUGAUAA